AUGAGUGAAAUCAAAUCUACUAUGAAUCCUUGUUCAUCACCUAUCCGUAAACAUUUUUCGGAUGUAACUAAUAAAAAGUUUCAACUCAAUGAUAUUGUCGAUGAUGAUUGUCGAUGGAAAUUACUUAGUGGUGCACCAGUGAUAAGAAUUGAUAAUGAUGAAAAUGAAAAUGAUGCAUGGACAGAAUGUCGAGAAUUAUUUGAACCGAAUCGAUCUCAUAUGCUUAAUCCAUCGUCGAUAAAUAAUAAUUAUUUACUUCGUCAUAGUAGUGCGAAUACAAGUUUAAAUGAAUCAUCGUCACUUGAUGCACUAACAGGAAAUGCUUGUACAAGUAUUGAUGGAAAUCAUGAUGAAAUUCUUUCAAUUAUUGAACAAGCUGGAAUUACUUUUGAAGCAUUAACUGGGUCAUCGACAAAUGAUUUAUUUGCUAGUACAAGUGGUUAUCAUUCAUAUGAACCAUCGCCAUUUACUCAUCGAUUGAAACAUUCUUCAAUACUGGAUCCAUCGGCAGCUGAAUUUCAUAUGGAAAAUGAGAGAGGCUUAAUAACAAAUUCUCAACCAAUAAUUAGUCGAUCGACUAAUGAUCAAUCACAACGUCGCGUAUCUCGAUCUCAUAAUCAAACAUCAUUAAGAUAUUCUACUUCAUAUGAAUAUAAAUUCGGUGGCUAUGGCCGUGGUAUUCAUGAAUUUCUUGAACCGAAUGGUAUUGCUUUCCUUUCGGAUGGUACCAUUUCUGUGGUUGAUACUAAUUCGAGUCAAAUUAAACUUUUUGAUCCUGUUCGACGAGAAUGUGUGCUGAAAUUUGGUCAAGCUGGAACAAGACCUGGUGCAUUACUUUAUCCAUAUCGUAUUGCUGUUUUGCCUGGACAUGAUUUACUUGUUAUGGUACAACGUUCACCACGACCAAUGAUACAAAUAUUUGAUCGAAAUGGCCAAUUUAUUCGACGAUUCGGUAAUGAUCUUGAAAGUCCAAGAGCUAUUUGUAUCGAUCAACAGGGUCGAAUUAUUGUUAUUGAAUCGAAAAUAAUGAAAGUGCAUAUAUAUGAUCCAACAUCAGGUCGUUUAUGGGGUCAAUGUGAUUUACGCGAUCAUUUGAGUUUUCCGACAAGUGUCUGUGUCAAUGAUCGACACGAACUCUAUGUUAGCGAUAAUGAAUCACAUUUUGUUCGAGUAUUUGAUUAUAAUGGUAAACAUUUGAAAAAUAUCGGAGCUGGAAUCACAUAUCCAAUAGCAUGCCGAAUUAAUCAACCACGGCGUGAACUUAUUGUUGUUGAUAAUCAUGAAAAUUUUAAUAUAACAACAUAUGAUUAUGAUGGAAAUAGAAAAUAUUCGCAUUAUUCACUUAUGAAACAUUCUCAAUGUUUCGAUGUUGCUGUUGGAUAUAAUGAUGAAUUAGCAAUGGCAUCGAAAGAUUAUAAAGUAUAUGUUUAUAAAUUAGGUGAAGGUUUAGAAAUGGCUGGCAGUGAUCUCAAUCCUCAUUAUUAG